AUGAGUGUCUACUUGUGCUUUGGUGUUGCCGAGUCAACUGCUACAAAGGCUUUCACAACAAAAUCUGCAUACUAUAGAUGUAAUUCGUCAUUUUUGGUUAUUGACACGAUGUUUGCAUUGAGCGCUGACGUGCUCGGAAAUGAAUGGCUCCCCGUUGGCCCACGUUGGCUUCUACCCGGCCUCCUCAGCAACCUCACGUCACUUACUGGGGCUGCUUCGAGAGCCCUACAUUUCAUGGGAUUUGCUCGUUUCUUCAUUCCACGACGAAAAGAGAAUGUUCUGAAUGCCCUGAUAGUUUUUGCUUUUUGUGCCGGUGUUAUUUUCUACUAUAGGAUAAAUGACAGGAUUCAUCUUCUUGGCCGAAAACAAUCGAGGCCGACAAAAUGGUCUUUCGAACCAGAGCCUGUUGCGCCAGGAACACCCGGAGAAAACGGAAGGGCCGUGAUUUUGAAAGGAGAGGACAAAAAGCAAGGAGAACUCGAUAUGAAGAAAUGGUUUAUGAAUGUGAGGGCGAGCGAUUUGAUGUCUUUGGAUCGGAGUCUACCUGAUACUCGGAGAGAAGAAUGUUUGGAUAUUCAUUAUGAUCUCAAGACUCUCCCACAGGCAUCCGUCGUCAUCAUCUUCACCGAUGAGGCAUGGAGUCCGUUAAUGAGAACAGUUCACUCCGUUGUCAACAGGAGUCCGCCACAGUUGCUGAAAGAAGUCAUUCUUUUGGAUGACAACAGCCAAAGAGAAGACUUGAAAGAGCACCUUGACGAAUAUGUUCGCCGCUUUGAUGGAUUGGUUCGCAUUGUGAGGAAGAACGUCAGACAUGGCCUAAUCAGAGCUAAGAUUGCUGGAGCCCGUGAAGCAACCGGCGAUGUCGUCAUCUUCCUGGAUUCACAUUGUGAGGCGAAUGUUGGGUGGUUAGAGCCACUUGUUCAGCGGAUUAGUGAAAAGCGAAGUGCGAUCAUUUGUCCAAUUAUCGAUCACAUAGCAGCGGAAGACAUGAGCUAUAGUGGUGAUAAGUAUUCAACUUCAGUUGGAGGGUUUUCGUGGGCUCUCCACUUCACGUGGGAACGUAUGCCUGAGAAAGAAAGGAAGCGAAGACAAAGUCCAACGGAGUACAUAAGAUCUCCCACCAUGGCUGGAGGGCUUCUGGCCGCCAAUCGUGAAUAUUUCUUCGAAGUUGGCGCUUAUGACGAAGAAAUGGAUAUUUGGGGUGGAGAAAAUUUGGAAAUAAGCUUCAGAGUAUGGAUGUGUGGCGGUUCAAUCGAAUUCAUUCCGUGUUCUCAUGUAGGCCAUAUAUUUCGAGCUGGGCACCCAUAUAAUAUGACAGGUAGAGGCGGUAAUAAAGACGUUCAUGGUACUAAUUCGAAGAGGCUUGCAGAGGUUUGGAUGGACGAGUAUAAGCGACUGUAUUAUCUGCAUAGGCAUGACCUAUUGAACAAAGAUGUUGGUGAUUUAACAUCUCGCAAAGCCUUGAGGAAAAGACUAGGCUGUAAGUCCUUUAAAUGGUAUCUGGAUAAUGUGAUUCCGGGAAAGUUCAUUUUGGAUGAAGACGUCAUCGCUUAUGGCACGUUGUACACCGUGGUCGAUGGCUUUCGCAUGUGUGUCGAUACUCUUCAACGUGACGAACAUUAUGACCACGUUCUAGGAGUUUACCCAUGCCAAGGCAAAGGAAGCGCACCACAAUUGAUGUCGCUAUCAAAAGCUGGUCAUUUGCGACGGGAAACUAACUGUGCUGAAGUAAAUUUUGAUAAAGGUCAUCUGGGUAAGAUCAAAAUGGUUCAUUGCAAAGAAAAUAGUCCCACUUGGCAGUACGAGAAUUCAAUGCUCAAAGAAACGAAGUAUGGUCUGUGUUUAUCCACUGCUGGAUUGCAAGCCAGUGAUGAUGUUAUAGUAGAGCAAUGUAAUAGCAAAAGUCCCCAUCAAAAAUGGUUUUUCGUCGAUCCGAUGGCUAAAUGUUCAAUGCCAUUGGAAUACUGCGAAUACUCUGGUAUGACGGACAAAUGUCGGAAGUGGAGUGAAGAGAACGCUCCAGAAGCUCUUGAAGGUCUCGAAAUCAGCGAUGAAAACCUUGAAGAAAAGAAGCAUCAAAAGAGAGGAGGCAAAGGAACCGUAAAGACAGUGAAGAAAAAAGUGGCAGCCGGAGGUACGAAGGUAACUCUCCAACGUGAACCACGAGGAAAGAAAAGUGUCACAGUUAUAAGAGGGCUUGCAUCGUUUGAGAUUGAUCUAAAGCAAGCAUCAAAGCUAUUUGCACAGAAGUUUGCUUGUGGCAGUUCAGUGACUGGUGCUGAUGAAAUAGUCAUACAAGGCGAUGUGAAGGAUGAUUUGUUCGAUAUGAUACCAGCAAAAUGGCCUCAGGUUCCUGAUUACUCCAAGAACCGAAUAGGACCAGGUGAGAACGGUGCUCCCGUGAUCUUAGAAGGUGAAGAGAAACUAAUCGGCGAGCAGCAAAUAAAGACGGUUUUCAUGAAUGUGCUGGCCAGUGAUAAAAUCUCGUUAGAUCGAAGUAUACCGGAUUCAAGAUCACGCGAAUGUCUCGCACUUUCUUAUCCGAAACAUCUUCCCACAGCAUCGGUUGUCAUCAUUUUCACUAACGAGUUCUUCUCUUCGCUUCUCCGCACCGUUCAUUCCGUAGUCAAUCGCACUCCACCACAUCUACUCAAGGAAAUUAUCCUUGUCGAUGACAAAAGCAACAGAGAUGAGCUUGGCCCACCUCUUGACGAACAUUUGAAAAGAUUUGGUUCACUCGUGACUCUCAUUCGAUCUACAGAAAGGCUUGGAUUGAUUAGAGCGAAAAUCAAAGGAGCAAAAGCUGCAACCGGUGACGUCAUCGUAUUUCUCGACGCUCAUUGUGAAGCAAAUGCUGGCUGGAUAGAACCACUGCUGGCACGAAUUCAAGAGGAGCGCACCGCUGUUGUCUGUCCUAUCAUCGAUUCGAUUUCCGAUACAAACCUCGCCUAUUUAGGUGGAUCACAUGGAGGAAUUGGUACGUUUUGGUGGUCCCUUCAUUACAGUAUAUCAUCGAUGCCUAAGAGAGAAAUUGAGCGAAGAAAGCAUCCAGAAACUGACUACAUACGAUCGCCAACGAUGGCUGGAGGUCUGUUUGCUGUCGAUCGCAAGUAUUUUUUCGAAAUUGGAGCGUAUGAUGAAGAAAUGGAUAUUUGGGGAGGCGAAAAUUUGGAGAUCUCCUUCCGAGUUUGGAUGUGCGGAGGUUCAAUUGAACUAAUCCCAUGCUCUCAUGUUGGCCAUAUCUUCCGAUCAGGGCAUCCGUAUGACAUGACAGGGCGAAACGACAACAAAGAUGUGCAUGGUACGAAUUCCAAGCGGCUAGCAGAGGUAUGGAUGGAUGACUACAAACGGCUCUUCUACGUUCACCGAAUGGGUCUUAAGGACUUGGACGUUGGUGAUCUGACCGAAAGAAAGCAACUACGAGAGAGACUCAAGUGCAAGUCUUUCAAAUGGUACUUAGAUAAUGUGAUUCCGGAGAAAUUCGUACCAGACGAAAACGUCUAUGCAUAUGGACACGUCAGAACCGAACGAGGACUUUGCUUAGACACUCUUCAGCGACUUGAGAAUAAGGGGACAGUUAUCCUUGGCGUAUUCGGUUGCCAAGAGGGCGGUAGUUCAGCAGAAGGCGGUUUUCUUCGACACAAGGACCGAGGUCUGUGCCUCGAUGUUGAAGGAGUAGAAGCCGGUGGCGAUGUCACGUUUACUAUGUGCGAUGAGAAGAAAAGCAGUCAGAAGUGGAGUUUCGAUCGAUAUUUCGAGCUUAACUAA